AUGGCUCUGGCUAUGGUCGACUACGAGUUCCAAGAAUCGGAGGUCAUCUUCUCCGACAAUCAAGAAUUCGAAAGCUGCUUGGAUUUCCGGUCUCGUCUUCACCCCCACAGCAAGUCCAAUUUCACCAAGAAGAAGGCAAUGGGGAAUAAUAUUAGUAAUGAUAAUAGCAAGUCGGUGCCGGUGAAAAUCCCAAACAACGCGUUCGAACGGUUCGGCAGCGCCGACGACGAAAGCGACGGCGAUGAUUACAGGGAGGAGGAAUGGGACGAGGGAGAAAUGGUGCCGCCGCAUGUGAUAGUACGGCGUCGUAUUGCGGGGAAGAUGGCGUUCUCGGUGUGCACGGGGAACGGGCGGACGCUUAAAGGAAGGGAUUUGAGUCAAGUCCGGAAUUCGAUUCUCAGAAUGACCGGCUUCUUGGAAGCUUAA